ACAGGAAAUGUGGCCUCCUAGCAGUACCCGGAAGUGUGGCGUUUCUCUGCGGUCCUCCGCGAACUCUUAAGCGAGAACCGCAGUUUGCGAGCCCAGGCGGGACCAUGCUGACUCGGCUGAAAGCAAAAUCAGAGGGGAAGCUGGCCAAACAGCUAUGCAGAGUUGUGUUGGAUCAGUUUGACAAACAGUAUUCCAAAGAACUUGGGGAUUCCUGGAGUACAGUAAGGGAUGUUCUGACAUCUCCAUCACUGUGGCAAUAUGCUGUCCUCUUCAACCGUUUCAAUUAUCCCUUUGAACUGGAAAAGGCCUUGCAUUUGAGGGGCUAUCACCCAGUCCUUCAAGGGGCUUCACCAGAUUAUCCUCAAUCAAUGAAGUGUUACCUCAGCCGCACUGCAGAGCGAAUGCCUUCAGAAGGACAUCAGCCGGGAAGCUUGAAAAAGUACUACCUCCUAAAUGCUGCUUCUCUGCUCCCAGCACUGGCCCUGGAGCCGAGGGACGGGGAGACAGUCCUGGACUUGUGUGCCGCUCCUGGAGGCAAAUCCGUAGCUCUGCUGCAAUGCGCGUAUCCAGGUUAUCUUCUCUGUAACGAGUAUGAUCGCCUGAGAGGACGAUGGCUGAGACAGACGUUGGAAUCUUUCAUCCCACAGCCUUUGAUAAAUGUAAUUAAAGUGUCUGAAUUGGAUGGCAGAGAAAUGGGAGAUGCCCAGCCUGCAUCAUUUGACAAGGUGUUAGUUGACGCUCCGUGCUCAAAUGAUCGGAGCUGGCUCUUCUCCUCAGACUCUCAGAAAGCUGCCUGUAGAAUCCAUCAAAGGCAGAAUUUACCUGUCCUGCAAGUACAACUCUUAAGGUCUGCAAUUAAAGCUUUACGUCCUGGAGGGCUACUGGUGUACUCUACAUGCACGCUUUCCAAGGCUGAAAAUCAAGAUGUGAUCAGUGAGAUCUUAACUUCUGACAGUAGCAUCGUGCCUGUGGAUAUUAGUGGGAUAGCAAGGACUUUCUCCCGAGACUUCACAUUUGCACCCACUGAACAGAAAUGCAGCCUUUUGGUGAUUCCUGAAAAGGGCAAAGCUUGGGGCCCAAUGUAUGUAGCCAAACUGAAAAAAGGCCUGAGUGCAAGAAAACGGCAAGGCGAAUUGUGUGAGCCAUGCUGAUGUACAUGAAUAUUUUCUGAGCUCUCCAUGUGUUGGUUACGUGUAGCUUUUCACUAUUCUGCCUUAGUUCUGUGAAUGGGCCAGGCUACCAGUCCACACCACACCAAGCUCCCCUUGAAUCCACAGAUCACACACACACACACACACACACACACACACACACACACACACAGAGAGAGAGAGAGAGAGAGAGAGAGAGAGAGAGAGAGAGAGAAAGAACUACUCAUUUUUGACUUGCUGGAAAAUCAUGUUCUUAUCAAUACUCUUAGCUCCAUAUCUCCCACUCACCCUAAACUUCAGUUGCUAAACUUCGCUGACCACCCACCCACCCACCUGUAGUAGCAGCCUGUGUGGCCACUCCAUUUUAAGAUCUCACGUGGCUGGUUAACUUUUCUCCAUCAGAAGAAUAGAAAAUUCUGUCUCUUCUUCCAUGUGUCUGUCUCUUCUCCAGGCACGCAGAAGUCCUAGCUGUUCCUUCCACCCAGCAAUUGGCCCAUGGUUCUGACAGAGCAAGAGCCAACUGGGGAACAGUACCUUAGCAUCAGAACCGCCACUACAGUUAGUACUUAAAUACUUACAGAGCCACUUUCCUUAGGACCAUUUGGACCCUGUUUAGUUAGUGUUUCAGCCUCACUAAAGAAAUUUUCAGGUAUAACUUUCCUACUUGAAAUAUAUGUAUAGUGAUAAUUUAAAGUGGGACAGAUGGUGUUGGUUCUGUAUAAUAAUUUUUUGUCUCUUAAUCGGGAUUUUAUAGUUAAAUUAAUUAGAAUACUGAGUUCUGUGCAUAAAAUGUUUAGGACUGUAUUCUAUAACAUGAGUGUUUUAAAACUUUCCUUUAAAAAUGUGUAUUUGCCAACACUUUUACUGUUUCCUCAUCAAAUCUACAUAUUUUUUUGUAAGAAUAAUUGGUAUUCCAAGGCCAACUUCUUAAGCAGCACAAUUUCUAGUUCUAGCAACAUAGGUUUCUUAUUUGCAAAGUUGUUUUGUGUUAAGGACUGUCUUCUGUUUACUGCAAAGGUCAGUGACUCUAUUGACACCAGCUUUAUUUCUCCCCAUUUUCUUUUAUUCACAAAUACAAAUUGAAAGGGUAAAUUAUGUUGAAAGGCCUUUAGAACAACAGAUUCACACUCACAGGUUUGACUUUCGACAUUAAGCUUGUAGAAUAAUGGAGUCUCUCCGGCAGGCUAUAAAGCAAGCACUUGAAGCAAAACCAUGAUGAUUAAUAACGGUGAUAACUAAACUAUAUUUGGAGUGUUUUGUUACAUAAUUGCAGUCAUAAUGAGUACUACAGAAUCUGAUUAUCCUACAGUUGCAAUCUGGAGGUGCUUUUUAUUUCACUUGGUUAUAAAAUGUUAUAUGAGAGUGUGAUGUCACAUAUUAAUGUAGAAGAUGCCUAACAAGAAUCAAUUAUCCAUUACCAAAACCCCAAACAAAUCAGAGCGGGCUCUAUUUUUUACAGAUCCCAAGAAUUUUAUGUGUAUUUCUAUAUUUAUACUUAGGAUUUUUUUAAAAAUCAAUUUUAAAUCAUAUUUUUCUUUAGGAAUGCUUCACUUGGAUCAAAACAUGUUUUUCCAACUAUUAAGAAAAAUCAUAGUGACAGACAUGGCAUUGCACACCUGUGAUCACAGCAUUUUUAAGGCUGAGGUGGAAGAAUUAUAAAUUCAGGUCAGCCUUGGCUCCUUAAGGAUGAUGGAGGGAGGACAGGGAAGGAGGGAAGGCUAGAGCAGGAGAGGAAAUUACAGAGCAUACUUGACAUUGGAAAUUAGCUUUUUAUUUUUAUUAAGAUUUAUUUUUAUCUUAUAUGUAUGUCUUGAUAGCAUGUAUGUCUGUGUACCAUGUGCGUACCUGUUGCCCGAGGAAGUCAUAACUGGGCUUCAGAUUCUCCGGGACAGAGAUAUAGAUGGUUGUGAACCACCAUAUGGAUGCUUAGAAUCAAAUCCUGAUCUUCUGUAAAAGCAACAAGUGCUGUUAACUGCUGAGCCAUCUCUCAAGCCCAAAAUUCGCUUAAAAAAAUCUAUGGAAGCACAAAAUUCCACUGAUGCAGAGUGGUAUUGUUCUGUUCUUUUCAUUAAACUAUUCAUUACAUACUU